AUGGCCGGGGACGAGAGCUGCAAGAUCACUGCGAAGCUGGCCAAGGCGAAGGCGGAGGGGCGCACAUGGUGGAGCUUUGAGUACUUCCCGCCGCGCACGCCGCAGGGCAUGUCGAACCUGCUCGACCGCAUCGAGCGCAUGGGCAAGCUCGGGCCUGAGUUUGUGGACAUUACGUGGAAUGCAGGCGGGCGCACGUCGGACCUGACGACGCAGCUCGUCAAGACGGUGCAGGCGUACUUUGGUCUCGAGACGUGCAUGCACCUGACGUGCACGAACAUGCCGCGGAGCAAGAUUGACGUGGCGCUGCGCGAGGCGAAGGACUUUGGGUGCCGCAAUAUUCUAGCGCUGCGCGGCGACCCGCCCGCGUGCGGGAGCGAGUGGGAGCCGCAUGCGGCUGGGUUCGCGCACUGCCACGAGCUGGUGUCGUACAUCCGCGCGAACUACGGCGACUACUUUACGAUCGCGGUGGCCGGCUUCCCGGAGGGCCACCCCGAGGCGACCGAGGGCCCCGAGAAGGAGAUGGAGUACCUGAAGCAGAAGAUCGACUGCGGCUCCGACUUUAUCUUUACGCAGAUGUUCUACGACCUCGACACGUUCGUCGACUGGGUCCGCCGCGUGCGUGCCGCGGGCAUCACCGUGCCGAUCGUGCCGGGCGUGAUGCCGAUCCAGAACUACGGCGGCUUCUCGCGCGCCGUCGCGCGCUUCCGCGCGCACGUGCCGCCGCACUUCCACGCGGCGCUCGACCCCGUGAAGGAGGACGACGAGCAGGUGCGCCUCGUCGGCACGCGCCUCGUCGGCGACAUGUGCCGCAAGAUCCUCGAGCACCCUGACCUGGACAUCCACGGCCUGCACAUCUACACGAUGAACCUGGAGCGCGGGAGCCGCAUGCUGCUCGAGUACCUGCAGCUGACGCCGAGCGUGCAGCAGCUGAACCCCCUGCCGUGGAAGCCGAGCCUGACGCCGAAGCGCCGCGACGAGCGCAUCCGCCCGAUCUUCUGGGCGAACCGCGCGAAGAGCUACGUGAGCCGCACCGACGGCUGGGACGAGUUCCCCAACGGCCGCUGGGGCGAUGCGCGCUCGCCGGCGUACGGCGACGUGGACGCGUACGGCAUGCACCCGCGCCUCCAGAAGGACGAGGCGCUGGCGCUGUGGGGCGCGCCGGAGACGCUCGAGGACCUGCAGCGCCUGUUUGUGCGCUUCUGCGCAGGCGAGCUCGCGGCGCUGCCGUGGAGCGAGACGCCGAUCGCGAAGGAGACGAGCAAGAUUGGCGCGCAGCUCAUGCGGCUGAACGAGCGCGGCUUCCUCACGAUCAACUCGCAGCCGCCCGUCGACGGCGCGCGCAGCGACGACCCGGUGCACGGCUGGGGCCCCAAGGACGGCUACGUGUACCAGAAGGCGUACCUCGAGUUCUUCGUCGCGCCCGCGCAGCUCGACGAGCUCCUGCACCGCAUCGAGGCGCACCCCCAGAUCACGUACCACGCCGUGAACGCGCACGGCGACAUGCGCACCAACACCACGUCGGACGCGCCGAACGCGGUGACCUGGGGCUGCUUCCCCCACUGCGAGAUCAUGCAGCCGACGAUCGUCGAGUCGAUCUCGUUCCUCGCGUGGAAGGACGAGGCGUUCGAGCUCGGCCGCCGCUGGGCCGGUCUGUACGAGCCCGACUCGCGCACGCACCAGCUGCUCUCGCACAUCUUCGACACGUACUUCCUCGUGAACCUCGUGCACAACGACUUUAAGCAGGCCGACGCCAUCUUUGUGCCGUUCCAGGCCUAG